GACCUGGGCUCCAUCUCCACCACUCUCCCCAAAGCCAUGGGCAAUUCCCUCUGGGACACCAGGGCCAUCUCCUUUGCAGGAUGUGCUGCUCAGCUCUUUCUGUUUGUCCUUUUCAUGUCAGCAGAGUUUUAUCUUCUCACCAUCAUGGCCUAUGACCGCUACAUUGCCAUCUGCAAACCCCUGCACUAUGGGACCCUCCUGGGCAGCAGAGCUUGUGUCCACAUGGCAGCAGCUGCCUGGGGCAGUAUUUUUUUCUAUGCUGUGCUGCACACAGCCAAUACAUUUUCACUACCACUCUGCCAAGGCAAUGCUGUGGACCAGUUCUUUUGUGAAAUUCCACAGAUCCUCAAGCUCUCGUGCUCAGACGCCUACCUCAGGGAAGUUGGGCUUCUUGUGGUUAGCGCUUUUUUUGGUUUUGGGUGUUUUGUUUUCAUUGUGCUGUCCUAUGUGCAGAUCUUGAGGGCUGUGCUGAGGAUCCCCUCUGAGCAGGGACGGCACAAACCCUUUUCCACGUGCCUCCCUCACCUGGCCGUGGUCUCCCUGUUUUUCAGCACUGCAGUAUUUGCCUACCUGAAGCCCCCCUCCAUCUCCUCCCCAUCCCUGGACCUUGUGAUGGCGGUUCUGUACUCGGUGAUGCCUCCAGCACUACAGCUCUCCAAUGCAGCCAUCAUUGCGGAUGCAGAUACCAUUAUGGAUAACAGUGCCAAUGCUGGUGCAGAUGCCACUGCAGAUGGAAAUACAGUUUCAGGUGCAAUUGCUGAUGGAGAUGCUAUUGAGGAUGCAGGUGCCAUUGCAGAAACCAUGGCAGAUGCAGACACCAUUGGAGAUGCAGGUGCCUUUGAAGAUUCUUUUGAAGGUACCGGCACCGAUGCCACUGGAGAUGCCAUGGCAGAUGCAGAUACCAUUACAGACACCACCGGAGACAGAGGUGCUGUGUCAAACAGCAUUGCAGCUGCAGAUACCACAGCAGAUGGCAUUGAAGGUGCUAGUAUGAUUUCCAAUGCAACUGCAUCUAAAUUAUGCUGA